UCACUGUGUCGUCGCAGGUAACAAAAUGAGCCUGAACGGGCGCAUUGCGCUGGGAGCAAAAUGAUGGUUGUGCGUCUGGCUCCAUGCAACCUACUCUUCCCGUUUCGUCCGUGUGGGACGUACAUCUGGUCAUGAAGUACCUACACGUUGGCGAAGCGCGCGCAGAGCAACGUUCGUUACUUGUAAUAUGUCACACGUGUUGAACGCAUCGAGUUGCACGACGACGUUUUCUAUACGACUUCCUUGAUCAUGGUGUUAAUGACAGUACUUUUGAGGGAAAUAGGCAUAGGCUGGUGAAACCAGAAGCCCCAGGCUUAACGAAAGGACGUCUUGGCAAAAAUGGCUGGGCGGACUGCUAUAAAAAGGGAGCCAUUCUCCUUCCUUCCUCUCGAUAACCUGCACGCAGAACUUUGUAAACCUCAUCUGAUUCAACCCACCCACUAUGCACGCCCAGUCCAUCCUAGCCCUUGUGCUCAGCGCCCUCGUUCCUUACACACUUGCAGCCCCCACGAAUGGGCUUACGGUGUGCCCCAACACGGCCGGAUCUCUCACUGUUGACUCUUUGUCUGUUACCCCCCAGCCAUUGAUCGCUGGGAAAAAUGUGACCAUCACUGCUAGUGGAACUGUUGGCGAAGUCAUUACAGACGGUGCCAAGGCCGUGCUUACACUCAGUCUGGGUAUUAUCCCCGUUCGUCGUGAGGAAAUCAAUAUUUGUGAGAGCUCGGCGGAGGCUGGCCUUCCCUGCCCGAUCCCCGUGGGACCAAACAAGAUUAGCUUUAUCCGCACUGUUCCCGAUGCGGUUCCCGCGGGCACCUUCCAAAUGCGAGUCGAUGCCACCAAUGCGGACGGCAAGCGGAUUGUUUGCUUCAACGGCCCGCUUACGGUUGCCAAGGCCUAAAUUCAACACCCGAGAAGUCAGAAUAAAUAGCGCACUUGUAUGAUGUCGUAGUCAUAGAGCUUACUUAGACUUACAAAUGAUCAUUCUCGAAAUAUGACUUUGCUAGAAACGGGA